UCGGAGUGACUUGCCACCCCUGACAGCCAUCUAAAGUAUCCGCGGCAACCCUUCGCUUGCAGCCCUGGCAGUAUACGUGUCGUGUCGUCGCUUUCUCAUUCGUUUUGUUAUUUUUGGGCUGAAAGUGCGACUUGUGCUUCACAUAAAACACAAAAAAUAUGGCUCCUCCACAGAGAAUGCGCGUCGCCAACGAGAAGGCCAGCAAAUAUGUGACAAUGCGUGGCAAUGUACCCAAAUCCUCGAAAACGAAAGAGGGUCAAUAUCCCGUGGGACCUUGGCUCCUGGCGCUUUUCAUCUUUGUGGUCUGCGGCUCUGCCAUUUUCCAGAUCAUUCAGUCGAUACGCGCCGCGUAAGGAAACCCUACUCCAUAACACCCACAAAAGAGCAGCCGCAUCUGGAGGAAGAUAAUAGACCCUUCCGGAACCUCCACUUGCUACUUCUAUAACCUUUCCUAGCUGAAUAGAUCCUGGCAAAAUGUGCAACCUGAGGAUGACCCCAAAUAACUCGGCUUUCCAGUUCGAUUUGUGUCUGCAAUAUCUUUACUUCUAUAAAACACAUACAAAAUUUAAGUCCAUUUAACGCAUUUUGCAUUAAUUAGUUUAACUGUAAGCUCUGCAAUGUGCAUUCCUGCAAUUCUCUCCUAAAAACACUCACACAACAAAAUAACUGAAUGAUCAUGAGAUCAUUUUAUAGGCGAUAAAUGCAUUUUUAAGAUGCUUCUCGAUGCAGUUUUAAAUAGUGCAAAAUGUUAAAGCGUUGUUUUCUAAUGCAAAGACGAGUAGAGAAGAAACUAUGAGUACAUAACAAUGAGGAAUAUAUGAUAAUUUUUUUACCUAA